AGCUUCGGUCGGCGAGCCAUCUUCACAAGUUCUGCUCUGCUGUACUAUUACAUCGCCACUUUCACUUCCGCAUUUCUUUAGGUCAGCAUCCACACCAACCAGAUUUCUCCUAAGCCGACGGCGGCAACCUACUUCGCGACGCGUAUCUACAAUUCGUAGCUCUCAGGCAGGAGCUUGACUCGAAAAUCAACGCAGCCAAAAUGUUGCGAUGGUAUCAAUCCAAAUUGACCUCGCGGCCGGUCCUCACACAAGCCGUCACGACCGCCGUCCUGUUCGCGACAGGUGAUACGAUGGCCCAGCAACUCGUCGAAAAGAAGGGUAUUCAGAAUCAAGAUUUCGCUCGAUCUGGUCGCAUGGCCCUCUAUGGUGGUUGCGUCUUCGGCCCUGCUGCAACGAAGUGGUUUGGGUUUCUGCAGAAGAAGAUAGUGUUCCCUGGCCGACCGAAUACAGAAAUUGUUGCAAGAGUGGCGACAGAUCAAACUGUGUUCGCUAGUACGAACCUGUUUGUGUUCUUGAGCUCAAUGGCUCUCAUGGAAGGCACGGACCCGAGGGAUAAAUUGAAGCAAAGCUACGGAACUGCGCUGCAGAAGAACUGGAUGAUUUGGCCGGCCGUCCAAUUCACCAACUUCAAAUUCGUCCCAUUGGAGCACCGAGUAUUGGUGGUGAACGUCGUAUCACUUGGUUGGAACUGCUACCUAAGCUACCUCAACUCUGCGCCUAGUGGAGCGCACGACAGGGACGGAGGCGAGCUCCCACCUUUGUAAGGAUUUCAGACUUCGAAUUCGCUCCUGUGAUAUGGAUGGAAAUUGCUCGGAUAGAAGGGCGACUGUGUAUGGCAUGGGCUUCGCUUGGGGUAUAGCAUGGUGUCUGGUGUCUGGCAAUAGACCGGCUCGCGCUGCAACAGACAGCUGUGACGAAUGGCUUAGAUUAACUGGAAGCAAAUUGUAGACACUUUCACGAAACAUCCUUCGACCG